UGUGAGUUGUUUACGGAACAUGUUGGACAGGAAGUUGCGUGAUUUUCGCGGGAGCAGUUAAAGAUGGAGACGCGCAGACUGAAGCAGAAAGUGAGCGCGGGAUUUAAAAUGCGCGGAUUAAUAUUGCGACCUGAGUCCAGCCGGUAUCUGCUGCAGGUUCUGGAGUCUGUCAGUGAAGCGGAUCUGGAUGAAGUUCUUGAGCGAAUCUUAGAUGCCGUUGAAAAACAGCCGCUGUCGUCCAGUAUGAUCGAGCUGUCUGUGGCAGAGACAGCUGUUCAGGACUGCAGUCAGUCAUGUGAUGAGACCAUUGACAAUGUUUUCAACAUUAUUGGAGCGUUUGAUGUUCCUCGAUUCAUCUACAGCACAGAGAGGAAGAAGUUUGUACCUAUCAGCAUGACGAAUCAUCCGCCUCCUAAACUGUGCGCUCAAUCGAGAGAUAAAGCCGAACUCUUCAGAGAACGACACACAAUCCUACAGCAGCGGACACACAGACAUGAACUUUUCACCCCUCCUGUGAUUGGAUCAGCUCCAGAUGAAGGGAGAAACAAAUUCCAGCUGAAGACGGUUGAAGCUCUUUUGGGCAGCACAGCUAAACUGGGUGACGUGAUUGUGCUCGGGAUGAUCACACAGCUUAAAGAGGGUAAAUUCUUCCUGGAGGAUCCGAGUGGCACAGUUCAGCUCAAUCUAUCAAAGGCACAGUUCCACAGUGGUCUGUACACGGAGUCGUGUUUCGUCCUCGCUGAGGGAUGGUACGAGGACUCUGUGUUUCAUGUGAACGCUUUCGGGUUUCCACCUACAGAACCGUCCUCUGUUACCAGGGCUUAUUAUGGCAACAUAAACUUCUUCGGUGGGCCGUCCACCACUGCGGUCAAAGCAUCAUCCAAACUAAAGCAGCUGGAGGAAGAGAAUGAAGACGCCAUGUUUGUUAUCGUGUCGGACGUGUGGUUGGACAGUGUGGAGGUUCUAGAGAAGAUUCACACCAUGUUGUCAGGUUACUCUGCGAUGCCCCCCACCUGCUUCAUCUUCUGUGGGAGUUUUUCUUCUGCUCCUUACGGCAAAAACCAGAUAAAAACACUCAAAGAGUCGUUUAAAGCACUUGCGGAUCUCAUUUGUGAAUAUCCCAGCAUUCAUAGCAGCAGUCGUUUUGUGUUUGUUCCUGGUCCAGAAGACCCCGGGCCCGGUAAUGUCCUACCCAGACCUCCUUUAGCUGAACACAUCACAGAAGAAUUUCGACAGCGAGUGCCGUUCUCUGUGUUCACCACCAACCCCUGCAGAAUACAGUACUGCAGUCAAGAGAUGGUGGUGAUUCGAGAAGAUCUCGUCAAUAAGAUGUGCCGAAACUGUGUACGACUUCCCAGCAACAACCUGGACAUCCCAUCCCAUUUUGUAAAGACAAUCUUGUCACAAGGUCACCUGACGCCACUCCCGCUCUAUGUGUGUCCUGUGUACUGGGCGUAUGACUACGCCUUAAGAGUGUAUCCUGUGCCUGAUGUCAUCGUCUUCGCUGACAAAUAUGAUCCAUUCAACAUCAGCAACACAGACUGUCUGUGCAUCAACCCGGGCUCUUUUCCAAGAAGUGGAUUUACCUUUAAAGUGUACUACCCCUCCAACAGAACAGUUGAGGACAGCAAAUUACAAGGUCUUUAAAGUUGAAGAGGCUGGCACGGAUGUUUUUUACUUAAAUUUUCUCUUUCAAAUGUUCAUUCCUUUAAAAAUAAUGUUCUUAUAGUAGAUACAAAAUAGUGGUUUUGCUGGGUGCCAGUUUUGUUGUGGU